AUGGCGAAUGUCGGAGGACUCCAUUUGCAGGAGCCGAGUUCUGGACCUUUAGGUUACCCAUCUAGGUCGCCUUUAACAUUACUUGUAAGUUAUUUUGAGAGGGAUAAAAAACCAACUAAAUUCCUGUUGAACUAAUUUAAUAGGAACAGGUCUAGAACAAAAUGUCAAAUAGUCACUUGUAAGAUGUCUAGAUCGAUAAUUAUUGACCACAAAGCCAAUAUAAAGCCAAGAAUAUUUGUCAAAGAGGUACUUCCUUUUCCUUUAUUACAGUCAGGUAGAAGAAGUAGGAGUCCGUAUUAUGAAGAGCCUGUGUCAGAAAGGGAAGAAUGGUGGAGAAGCACACUCAAGGUAAUCUGUGUGAUAUGUAUAGUGGUAAGCUUAUAAUUAACUGCUUUACUAUUAAGUCACCCGAAAGUCAUCUCUCCGGAAGUUAGAUCGCCACGAAGCCAAGAAAGCAUGUUAAAAUGUGUGUUUGUCGUUCUGUAACCCUAAAAAAGGAGUCAAAUGUUGGAACACACUGACAACAUUUUAAGCCGCGCCGUAUGGGCCAACAGCUAUAUGUAUAUGGUCAUGGCUUCUACUGCAGGAAGCUAAACUAGCUAAGGCUGUUCAGUGUUGACCUUAGUGUUUCCCUGUUUCAGUUCAGUUGUCAACAAUUGGUUUUAAGUCUAGAAAUCAUCCCGAACCAUGCAUCCUGACAAAAUCUUUCUACACGACCUGAUCGAGCAUGACAUCUCUUAUUAUUAAUCAUUAUUGUGAUAAUGUAACCUUUUUAAAAUCAAAACUGUAUUCCAAGAGGCUUUUCACUAGAUGUGAAAAAGUUGAAAAAAAGAAGCCACUCUGGAAACUAACUGCCUAUUUAUUAUUAAUACACUGCCCACAAUGGUGCAUUACUGUCCAGUUACUUAUAUGCAUCAAGUCAGUGUCGUUCCCAUUCAUCCUUGGCGAUUUCGGAUGUGACACCACUGUCAAGCUUGUCAGGAAACUUCACCAAGGAUGCAGCCAUCACAGUUGGUUCCAAAGCCCCCUUACAGGGGCACCCAACGAGGAUAUAGUUCAAAACCACUUAACAUAGCAUUGUUGAACGUAUUUUAGUAUUUAAACGGUAGAUAUAGGCAUAUUUUUAUCCCCUAAAAACUUUUCAUCUGUUCAGAUUUCUUAGCUGAAAGUCUAGUGAUCCGAAAAUUAUAGGGAUCAAAACCGUACCUUUUCGAAAAUUUCAGCCAGGAAAAGGCUCCCGAAAAUUCUAGGUGGCCUUUUUUAGGGUAAAUAUGCGUUUAAAAUGGGUAAUUAUACCAUUUUGUAGACGUUCGAAAAUCCUAGGAGAGGCAGGCAAGCGAGAAAUUUUACAACAAAUGUUCCGAAAAUUCUAGUUCUCAAAUCGUCUUCCGAACAGAUAUUUUCCCCAAAAUUGCCGUUGGGUGCCCCCUGCCCUUACUUGGAUAGCAUGAACUGACCUGGGAACAAGGCUGACAUGUAGUAUGAUUAUAUAAUUAAAAGUAUAUGUGCUGCUAAACUUAUAAAAUAUUACUAGGACACACCAAUUCCUGGAGCAUACGACUUAAAGGAUUUUGUUCAAGAAUUACAAGGCAACCCUGUGAGGACCACAUAUGGAUUUAAGAAUGCAGGAAGAAAGAAAAAUGCUGAUCCAUCCAGAAAAGGUUCAGCAUUGAUGCCAGGGCUGUACAAACACAGGACAUGUGUAGACCAGCUAGCAACACAGCAAAAAACAUAUAGCUUUAAAGCAUGUGACAGAUAUCACACUCCUACUGCUCUUGUAGGAUACAUUGAUAAGGUUUGUAACUUAAUUGAAUGCAAAUUACUCUGUUGUUUGAUAGUAUGCAACCUCUUAUUAGCCCCAUGCAAAAGGAGGCAACGUUGUUGGCCAACAUUACUCCCAACAUUGUUGAAUGUUACAUGUUGUGUCCAUUUGCACACCCUGUUACAUGUUGUUGGGGGUUGUUGUGCAAAAUAAACGAGUCAAACGUUUGAGCCAACAACUCCCAACAUUUCUCUUGUUGCGUGGUCGCCAAAGCUUAUAGCGCAACAAUGUUGGAUCAGUUUACACAGCUCUUCCAACAUUGUUGGGGCCACGUACAUGCAUCAUCACACAUGGUCUCCAAAGUCUUAUGGGUUGUGUCCUUCCCACGAUACACUGCAUGUCCCAACAUUGUUGGCCCAACAAUGUUUGGAUUUGUUGCAUCCAUCUGCAUGUAGCUUUAAAGUAAAAAACAUAACAUCACUUAUCUUUUUUCAGGUUCUCUUAAAGGCCAUGACAUUCUUAUCUUCAGUAUGGAAUAUAUCUUUUUUUACACAUGUGGUUUUCCGAAAAUAUUAUAUGUGCUUUUUGGGAAAAAAAUCAGUUGGCACGGAAGUUCUUUUGUUGAUUUUUCUUUUCUUUUCAUGAUUAAACUCUGCAAUAAACUGAAAAUAAAAUUCCCUGACUUUUCAGGCUUUGGCAAGAACUAAGAUAUGUAUCUCUACAUGACUUAACAGAGUUUGCCAACUUUUCCAAUGUUGUCUUUCCCAUGACCUUUCACCUACUCUAAUCAAAGAACUGAAAGUAAUAAAAUGUUAUUCAUUAGUUCCAGAUAUUUGACCCAAAUUUGUUUUCAUUGCAGGAAUUUGCCAGUAGUCAAAUAAGUCCAACCACAUACUACUCAGGUUAUAAAUAUGUUCCAAAGUUGCCAUCAAAGUAAGUGCAAUACUCCUGAAGUCUUGAAAUGACUAUAAACUGAGUACCAUGAUCAUUAUAAUUAACAAUUAUUCCACGAGUACGCGUUGGAUAUGAGUUGGCUAUAAUCAUCACAUAUCCAGCAAGUGUGAGUGGAAAAACAAAAACACCCACAAAAAUAUUCUUCCAGGCUUUAUUUGAAAAAACAACCAAUUUUCAGCUUGUUUUUAAUUUUGAGCAGACAAAUGCAGUUACCAUAUUUGGAGAGCAUGGUAUAAUGGCUCAUAUACCAUGAUGGCUAAGCCAAUCAGAGCUGUAGAAUAAAUUGCAUUAUCCAAUGAUUCAAUUUUAAUAAUAUCUGAUAGUUCUCAAUAUUAUUACUUAAUAAAUGUAAAAAACAGGAGUAGUGAAACAAAAGAGUAAGAAGUAUACAUAUUUGUACAUGCUAAAUGUCUAACAAAUUUUUUUUGUGGGCCUUUCACCCAUACCCAACCCCGUUUAAUUAGGAUUAUAUUUCAUCAUGAGGACGGGGGAGCUUGGUGGAUUCCAUUAUCAUUAUUAAAUAGUACAUACUAAGUUGACUAACAUGAGCUUCAAAUUUGUACUGUUUUUCUUAGGCAUCCUGCAUUCAAGUCUCAAGAACAUAGAUUCCCAACAAUUUACUUUAAACCUGUAAGAGGCAGUUUAUAGAAAAUAUUCUUCCCAUAGUUAAUAAUCAAUAAGUAUUAAAUGAACAUGUCACUUCUAUUGUGUAGGUGGAAGCUAGUACACUCACUGCAUUGUAUAAUGUUUGCAGAACUGUUAAGGGGGCAAUGGCAUAAAAUCUUUAGUAUUCAACUUUGUGUAUGAACCAUGUUAGAAUAAAAGGGUAUGCUCUCUGCACUGUGUACAAAAUUCUCUAAUUUGGCAGCAAACUACAUUUCAUGAUAAAAUCUUUCCAAAAUAAUAAUGCAGUCAUACUUUAAAAUGUCAUACUAACUUUUUCAAGUUACAGUCCACAUGCAUCCUACCAAAUCUUAAUUAGUAAUUUCUGAAAGAAUGAUCCAGUGUUACUACUAAGUGGCUCAAAGUUUUUUUCUUUGUUUAUUAUUUUAUUCUUUCAGAGAGAAGGACCUCCUCCAGGACAGUACAAACUUUCAAAAGAUUCGAUUUUACCAAAAGGACCAAAUGUUACAUCUCCAUUCAAGUCAAAAACUCCAAGAUUUGUUCAGCCUCAUGUCCUGGUAAUGUCCUCAAUAAUAAAUAUCUUUUUACAAUAUGUAACAAAAAUAGACUACAAUUUUCCAUGGGUAAAAUGUUUAAAACUCAAGGGAACUAAUGCUCAUGGUUUCACUGCAAACAUUAUAGUUUUGAACAUUUCUACAGUCUGUAAGAGUAUACAUUAGACACUUGGAAAAUUGUUUGUCUAUUUGUUGUUUACAAUAACAUUGACAGUUGGUAAACAUCCAAUGAAGUUAAUGUUGGAAAUUGCCAGCUGGAGAAAAAGAAAUACAAGUUGUGUCAUCAUCAUUUUAUCUCUCAUAGACCAUAGUCCAUGAUCAGUCAGUGCAUGAGCUAGCAACAAUAUAAUAAGUAUUGUACAUUCAAUAAAAUAUUGUAUUAUUGAUUACAACAUGCACCCUUCCCACAAUAUUUCAGCAAGCUUACUUCUCAGUCUUGCAAUGAUAAAAAGUGAUCAUUUUCAGAAUUGUCUGGUACAGAUGAUUAUUUUUCAGCCUGGCACUAGGCUCUCUAAAGGAGUGGGGAAAAGGAGGAAAAACAGGUGUAUGUAGAGGCACUUCCCCUUGUCCCUUCUUAAAUGGAAACAACACAGAUUAUAAACAAGGGGCCAAGAUGGUACAGGAUAUUAAGGCAGUCAAGACUGGGUGUGCAAAGUGCACACCAAAAUGUUGUGUCAUAGAGUUGAGCUAAGUGGUACACUUCUUGUACUCCAAAAGACAAAGAGUGUUGUCUCCAUUGGUUGUAGAUAAUCACUAUAAAAGCCUAAGAGAUAGCUGCUGUCACCUAUAACAGUGAUAUUUGCAGCAAAAAUUUUCUUCAUAGUCUUAUAAUUUUUAUUAUAAUAUGUGAUGUUUCCUCUUCUUUGUUUUAAACAGAAAACCCCUGGUCCAGGAACAUAUUGCAAAACAUACCAGACACCAAUGCCAGAUACAGUAAAGAAAAUGGCAAGAAACUAUGGACUGUUUUUUACUUCUGGGACUUACGGAGAAUAUUAGGAGCACUUUAUUGGCACAUAAAAAGGAAGGAAAGAAAAAGAAAUAGGAAUUUUUAUUACAAUAUUUAUUAUUGAGGUUUACAAUAAUUUAUUGUAGUUUGGAGCUGUUUGGUCAACACCUAUAAAAAGGUAGAGCAAUGCAUAAAAAAAUCAUAGCAUGUGAAAACCAUAGUUCUAACACCAUUUGGAGCAGUCACACUGCUCAUCAAGAUAAGAAAGCAGGCAAUAAUCUCAGGUUCACUUAACCGCAAAGCAUUGCAGUUCCUGUAAGUAUUUUUCCCACUCACUCAAUUCUGGUUUUGAGGGUGAGUUACCAGUUGAUCUUCUCCAGAAAUGAGCAUGUAAAACAAGCCACACUCAAAGAGC